UAAAAGCUUUGAUAACCCACAUAAACCUGUUCAAUAGACCGAUUGAGAUUCACUUUAGAUUAAAACUUGCAGCAAUAUGUUUGGCGGCAGUCAAGUAUAUAUUUUAUUCUUGGCAUUAUUUAACAUAUUAUCGCCAAUUCGCGGGCAAGAUGAGUGUGGAAUGGUGCGGGAAAGCGACCUCUACAAUGGCAAAAAGGUGACCGAAGCGGACGAGUACACCUGGAUUGGUCGCGUUGGGCACGGUGAAUCGAGAAAUUCCAAGGCGGAGUUUAAAUGCCUUUCGGUACUGGUCAGCCAGCGUUAUGCGAUUCUUCCCGCCCAUUGUGCAAUGGAUGGGGAUGCGGGCGUACCCACGUUUAUGGAGCUCGGGGUCUGGCGAGUCUACAAUCCCGUUCAUCUGGGUGUUUGUCGUCCGAAUCGAGGUGGGUUCUGCGUGCCGCCUACGCAUCAAGUGGACAUCGAGGAGCUGGUGGUCCAUCCGCGACACCGGAGACAUCCGAGUCCGGGCUUCCUUCAGUACGACAUCGCCCUAGCCAAGCUUGUGCGGAGCGUGGAACUCACGGACUACUUGCAGCCCAUCUGCCUGCCACCUGCUGAUGGCGAUGAGUGCAACCAAGUCGGACAGCGACUAGAAAUGGCGGGAUUCAAGAUUCCGGCAUCGACUGGAUGGCGGGUGAGGGAGGACGACGACUGGCGGCAAAAGGUGGCGGUGCACACGGCCAGUUUUCAGUACUGCACCUCAAAAAAAAUGAUCCCUGUCCAGCUGUCCGAGAAUAAUCUGUGUGCUGUGCGGGACAAGCACGACAACUUUUAUCCCGGAUCACCGCUUAUGGGCAUCGAGGUGGUGGACGGAAAACCUAAAAACUUUUACCUCAUCGGAAUUUCAAGCGGUAUCAUUUCACUGCCCGACGCGGAUCGCGAUACAUUCGCAGUUUUACGCAUAGCGCCAUUCAGGAAGUGGAUUUUGAAAAACAUGCACUCAAAUCUAACCACUGAGUGAACUCUUGAUUGAGUCGAGAUUAUUGAAAAGCUUCUAAUAUACUCAAGCACACAUCGAUUACCAUUAUAUCAACUUGAGCUUUUGAGUAACUAUUGUUAAUGCCAUUGGAAAAACCAAAUCGCAUAAUUUUAUUUUGCAUAAUUAAUUCUAAAAUAAAUUGAUGUCUCAUGUGUCUUUGCAA